GAGAUUCAUUGCAGAAUUAAAGUCUUAUACUGAGUGAUUUAUUUAUUGGUGCAUCCACCAUAUUUUUCCUAUUUCGUGCCAGAAGCUACUUUACCUCCAAUUGCUUGUACAUGACGUGGAUAUCUCUUGUUAAAUCAUACUGAUUACCACUUAUUCCUUUUCUUUUCCUUUCGGUUUUCGGUCUCCAAAUGAAGAUACGAAUAAAACAUUGGAAUUCUCAUGACGGGUUGGAUUUUCACUUGACUGUACACAUUGUUUGUCAUAUUAGUGAAAAUGUUGUUCCAGUGCUUGAUCGUCAAUUUGCUUAAGAUUCUUUCCCAUUUUACCGUGUCCAAAUAGCCAAGGAUUAAUUAAAGGGAUGGCUCAAUGUUUGCAAGUGUCAUAUGGUGGUGCUGAACUGUUGGGUGCUGUUUGCUGAAAUCAAAGAGGUUGUUUCAACCCUUUCAAGAAAGGCUUCCAAUUAUUCAAAGUUGCAGUACAUAGGAUUGUUUCGAGUUUGUAAUGUUUGCAAACUUUUUAAUGUUUUUUUUCAAAAGUACUUUCUAAAAUUUAAAGUGUUCAAAAUAUACACGUAAUAAAUUAGAAUUAUGUCAUCUACAGGUGUGAAAUGUCUUUGUUGAGGGCUGUGAGAGUUUACUCUACGCGUGCACGGAGAAGUUUCCAACAACUUAUUGCUUUGAACGAAGAUGAAAGGGCCAGAAGCCCCUUCACACAUUUUGACAAACCGAGAACCACGCUGUAUACGCGUGAGCAAGAUAUUUUGAUUGUGGGUGAUGGAGAUUUCUCCUUCACCCACAGUCUUCCCGCCAGAUUUGGGACAGCUCCAAGCAUUUUUUCCACGAGCCUUGAUCCUCAAUGGUUUUUAAAAAAGAACUACAGUCAAGCUGAAUAUCACUUGGCCAACUCUUUGGUAAGAGGGGUCAGAGGCAAGCUCGUGGUUGAUGCCACGAAAUUGUUGGACUACCCCGAAAUCAAAUAUAUGCAAUUUGAUGUGGUGGUCUUCAAUCGGGCCCAUUGUGGCAUUCACAGGAAAGAUUAUGAGGGAUCUGUUAUUAGGUAUCUACUUGUUUAAGAAUAAUCUCUCUGUGUGUGUGUAUUAUUGUUUCCGAUAAGAUGAUUUUUUAUAUGUAGUGGCGUGAUAUAUGUAUAUGAUUUUGUAGACGCAAUCAACGCCUCAUCAAAGAUUUUAUGAACAAUGUAAGUAGGUUGCUCAAACCCAACGGCGAACUACAUUUGAGUGUGAAGACAAAUCCUCCUUUUGAUAAGUAGAAGGUUGAAGAAUUAGCUGAAAAGGCUGGACUGCGCCUAAUAAAGAAGGUGGACUCUGUUGGCUGAAUACCCUUUCUACAUCAACCGGAAAGGGUCCAAACAUGCAGCUGACGAGAUGUUCUGCAAUUGGAAUACGUUCACCUUCGUUUUUGGUAAGAAAAUAUUUUUUUUAGUACUUACAAAGAGAGUAAUUUAGUCUUAGAAUUCCCAAAACACUAAUACACUGCUUUUGAAUUCCAAUCGAAGCAUUAGUAACUGACAAAGUUCAAUCAAAGUAACGAGGAUAUUAUAUCUGUGCGGAUUUGCUAAUUCUCUGUGUUCCAUUUCAGGAUCAUGAAUUUCCCUAUACGAUUUGAAUGUUUUUCUGAUUCUUUGUGUUCCAUUACAGAUAUAAUA